AUGCACCCUCCUGGAUUACCUUCGUCGCCGGCCGCGCCAUUCGACCAUGACAUCGUUUCAGCCCUCCAAACUUCCUCACCACCGAGCGUCGCAGUGACAGGCACGUCCCUCAUCUUCAGUAUAGCCACGGCGGCAGCGUCACAGACCUUGGCGUCUAUUCCCAACCCAACCAAGUCUCCUGCCGCUCCCAUGUCGGACGACGACGAUAGUGGUGGUGAAUGCAAGUUGCUAGGCCCUUUUGCCAUCUUGGUUCAAGCAGCGCUGGGCGCUUUGGCUCUGUUAUCUUUGGUCUUCAAGAGGUGGAGAGAAAGGCCACAGCGGCCCCUGAAGGUGUGGUCUUUUGAUGUGUCUAAACAGGUUGUUGGAUCGGUUCUGCUGCAUUUGUUGAACCUCCUUAUGUCCAUGUUCUCGUCUGGGCAGAUUGGCGAGAGCGUUGUCAACGCAGCAGCGACCACACUAGGAGCAGAAACGACCGAAGCAUACCAGCCAAAUCCAUGUUCUUUCUACCUGCUCAACUUGGCCAUUGACACCACUCUCGGGAUCCCUAUCUUGAUUGGCAUCCUGAAGAUUUUGACCAUUGGCGCGAGUUACACACCUCUGGCGCGGCCCCCCGAAUCGAUCGAGUCGGGCCAUUAUGGCACGCCCCCAAAGGCUGGCUGGUGGGCCAAGCAGUGCCUGCUCUACUUCUUGGGCCUCAUCGGCAUGAAAAUUUGUGUCUUCAUCAUAUUCCAACUUUGCCCUUGGCUGGGGAGAGUUGGGGAUUGGGCGCUGCGCUGGACCGAGGGCAACGAAGCCGUACAAAUUGCAUUUGUCAUGUUCAUAUUCCCUCUCAUCAUGAACGCGCUUCAGUACUACAUCAUCGACACAUUUAUCAAACAGAAGAAUGGGCCACAACUCGACGGUGGGGAGCACAAUGAGCGCGAAAGAGAUGGAGAGCACGGCGCUUUGUUGGCAGAGGACGGUCCGGGAGACGGCCGAUCUGUCGAUGAAGACGAGGCCCAUAAGGCGAGAAAUGUGUCUCCAAGCCCGAAACGGUCUGACCAGCUGGAAAGAAUCAUAUCCUACGACCCGGACAAGGACGGAGAGCUGGAUUCGACCAGGCAGGACGGCGCGAGUAGCAGCUUGACGGCUGAGGCAGAGGACGAAGCUAUUGAGCAUAGGCCUCGGAUAUGA